AUGCCGACGUACACAGGUCUUCAACUCCUAUAUAUUUCGCUACAAUUAUUGAAUCUAUCUCUUCUAAUCAUUUUAAUUGUUGUAAUUCUCAACUCCAAAGUCUACUUUUCGAAAUGGACACUAUUACAAAUUUGCAUUUGCACAUUCUUCGUUCAAGCGUCCGGUUUACCUGCACUUCUCGUCUAUGGUACCGAAAUACAACAGCAUGCUUAUCAAACACCUAUUUGUAUAAUACAACAAAAGGUCGCAUCGUUUUUCAUGAUGCCAUUUCAAGUGUUACCCGCGGUCUUGAUUUUUUAUUUAUGGUAUGCACUAGUGCAAAAUGACGGGGACAUUGAGAAAAACCAUGGACGAAAUAUUUCCGCUGUUGUUUGGCUAUUGGCCAUUGUGCAGUCAAUCAUACAAUUGAUUUCGGAUAGCAAGCAUGAAAAUUGGAAUGUAGAAGUCAGUAAAUUGUAUUGUCGAUCGUCUUCGACUGAUGAUAAUUGGAUGAUAUUCUUGAUCACAUUGCUCAUAUUGGCUUUCGUUAUCGGACUCUUAGCAUUUCACUCGUGUGUCUUAUUAUUUAUUCAUUGGCGACGAUUUUUACGAAAGCAGACUCGAAUCACCGCAACAAAAUUAGGACAAGCAGCUAGACUUGUAACGUGUGGCUUUGUCUACAUUGGAAUUUUAAUGUUAGCUUUAUUGCCAAUUAUGUUAGAUCGAUCUAAAUUCUGUCCGAAUGAACUCUCACCCGCUGAUUAUUCCGGAAGUGUACAAGGAAUUGUCUUAUACUUAAUAUUUGGAACAGCAAAAUCAGCAACAGUAUUUCUCCCAUGCUGUUAUUACGCACCACCGUUAUCAAAAGUUGCAUCAAAACAAACCCUAACCUUCCCAUCCUCAAGCGCACAGCCACCAUCACCAAUAAGUUCACCAUUUUUGUACACGAUGGCAGCAGAUAAUAUCGAACGACCGGCACCUAUUCUAAGCUUUACCUCCGAACAUCAUCAAUCUCCACCGGAAUCACCAUUUUCAGCUUAUAAUAAUGAGCUGUACCCUACUAUUACUUCUGACAGCAUGUACACUUUAAGACCCUCUCCAGAUGAUGAAAAUUAUUUUAAUUAUGAGCUAGCGAAAAUCGCUUGA